GACCCCAUAAGAAGGUUUAUGUCCUUUCUAGUACCGGUAUUCACAAUUCUAUGUAACAUUCUUUCUCGCCAGUGUAAACGGAAGUGAACAGUGUCGAAGAACAUUUUACACGUUAGCGUUUUUAUUGUUGUUAUUUAGACGUUUAUUUACCCGCACAGCAUCACAUAUGUACCCCAUGCAGUCUUUAAUUCGAGUAUCGAGGCAACACUAGCUAGCUGCUAACGUUAGUUAACAAUGGCUAACUGUAUGGUUUUUCAAACUCAAAUAGCCUCCAUCAUGGAGGUGCUAGCGAAUGCAGCUGUGAUAGAUAUAUGUAAACUCGUAGACGACGACUAUGCAGUGUUUCGUUUGGAAAUAACUCAAAGCCAGAAAGAAAACAGGGCAUUGCGUAGGAAGCUACAGCUACUGGAACUGAAGGUGGCACGGGAGCGCGCAGAGAGGACAAUGCGAGAGCGCGUUCUCGCCAGUCGUCCGAGUAGUGUCAAGAUCCUCGACCGAUACAGAGGAAUUGCAAGAGGUGAAGGACAUCUCACUGGAGGCCACAGGAGCUUUGUGAAGCCAGCGAGACACAAUACAUGGAAAGAUGAUCAACCAAUCACUGUUGAUGAGGGGAAUGGAACCUCAACCCAGCACGUUAUCGUGAUAGAGUCUGCAGAUACAGAGGCUGCAGGUCCUGGAGUGAAGCAAGAUAGGUCUGAAAGAGAGGAGGACCUACAGCACAGCAGAAACAUCCAGACUGGAGCGGCUGGAGCGUCCUCUGUAGCCACGAAGGACCCCACCACGGCCCCAGCGCAGACCAGUGCCGGCUCAGAGUAUUUACCGGUAUAUCAUCAGAGCCAGGGGACUGUUCAUUCCUGUGGAGAUGGUGAUGCAUUAGUCACUGGUGGUGAUGAUCCGUCAUGUUAUUACACUACAGAGAUGGACCCUGGCAACAUAUCCUUGGGUUUAGAGACACAGACUGAUUUGUCUAGAGGGGACUGGAAACAGUACAGUAGUAGUGUGUACUCUGAAGGGUGCCUAGAUAAGAAAGGGGAGGUUAUAGUGGUAGAUGAGGUGACUGUGAAAGUGGAGGGUGAUGCUCCUCCCACAUGGAAUGCAGAUAGCCACCUAGGAGACGGACACUCACAGGGCAGAGAUUUCUUAGAUUACAGGGAAAGCUUAGAGACAAAUCCAAAUGUUGGGACACACUCCCCUUUACACAUUCUCAGGGAUCGCGACCCAGUGUCCACGUCGAUGGGGCCUUCUGAUUCACACGGCCAUGUACUUUUCAAUCCGGUAUUGAGCGCAAACGACAGGGCUAGAGCUCAGGGAGGGGGAGCCCCAUCAGGCAAUAGUAAAGAGAAACGGUUCCUCUGCAUGUUCUGUAACAAAGGCUUCAGCUGCCCCCAGAAGGUGGAGAUCCACCAGAGGGUCCAUACAGGGGAGAAACCCUUCAGUUGUACCCAAUGUCACAUGCGCUUUGCUGAGGCUGGCAGCCUGAAGAGGCACCAGAGGGUCCACACAGGGGAGAAACCCUACAGCUGCCCCCAGUGUGAGAAGAGGUUCUCCCACCAGCACCAUCUAAAGAGGCACUUGAAGGUCCACACGGAAUAGAGGUCGUUCAUCUGUAAGCACUGUCGGAAGAGGUUCUCGGAGAGGAGUUACCUCAGGAUACAUCAGCAGAAAAACCAUCCCACUCAAAUAUAGAAAGUAACCAUUCUAUUCAAUGGCUUCUGACGUUUAGAUCAAACUCUGCCCUAAAGAUAGACUCAGCGAGAUGACGUAGAUCAAUUUCCACACCAACAAGGCCAAGACAUUUUGGGAUAUAUAGUUCUUAAUUUAGCCUACACAGUACAAACGGUAUGUUCACAAAUGCCUAUUUCAUUACUUCCAUUCAACUAUUUUUAAAAUCUUUUUAAAUAAACAUUUAUUGUUAUUUUUUGUACCCCUUUUUUCUCCCCAGUGGUGGUUACAGUUUUGUCCCAUGCUGCAACUCACGUACAGACUCGGGAAAGGCGAAGGUGGAGAGCCGUGCAUCCUCCGAAACACAACCCAACCAAGCCGCACUGCUUCUUGACUCAAUGCCGGCUUAACCCGGAAGGCAGCCGCACCUAUGUGUCAGAGGAAACACCGUACACCUGGUGACCAUUUCAGUGUGCAUUGCGCCCGGCACGCCACAGGAGUUGCUAGUGCGCGAUGUGACAAGAACGUCCCUGCUGGCCAAACCCUCCCCUAACCCGGAAGAUGCUGGGCUAAUUGUGCGCCGCCCCAUGGGUCUCCCGGUCGCGGUCAGCUGCGACAGAGCCUGGACUCGAACCAGGAUCUCUAGUGGCACAGCUAGCAAUGCCUUAGACCACUGCGCCACUCGGGAGGCCAUCAAACGCUUUUAAUGAGAAAAUGAAUGCAGUUCAUCAAGUUCAUGCAGAUUUGUAGUUGAGAUGUGUAUAUGUGGUUUUCAUAUGGUAUAUUUAAAACGUGUUUAUGUUUAAUAAACAGAAAAUGGGACUUUUCAUUCGAA